AUGGGGCUCUCGUCCGUGCUAGCUCUCCCCCGGAGGAGCAGAGCCUCGACGGCUGGCAGCAACCGAUCCUCGGUCGACGAAGGCAAGAUCGACAACGAUGACGAUACCACGGUGAUGGAGCCGGAUCAGGGCAAUGUUCUCUCGCACAUCAUCUCCCAGCUGCGCCCCGGCGCGGACCUCAGUCGCGUCGUCCUUCCCACCUUUAUCCUCGAGCCCCGAAGCAUGCUCGAGAGGAUAACAAACUUCAUGUGCCAUCCCGAGAUGCUGCUGCACAUUCCUACCAUCGACGAUCCCACCGAGCGAUUCGUAUCUGUUGUCAAGUUUUACUUGAGCGGCUGGCACAUUCGGCCACCGGGAGUCAAAAAGCCGCUGAAUCCGAUCCUGGGCGAAAUCUUCUCCUGCUACUGGGACCUUGAAGACAACAAGCGCGCCUACUACAUCUCCGAGCAGACCUCACAUCACCCUCCCAAGUCGAGCUACUUCUACAUGGCGCCCUAUCACCACAUCCGAAUCGACGGGACGCUCAAGCCCCGGAGUAGAUUCCUUGGCAACUCGGCUGCCAGUUUGAUGGAAGGCAUUGCUUUCCUUUCCAUAUUGAACCGGGGCAGCAACAAGGCCAAGGGAGAGCAAUAUAUCUUGACACAGCCCAACAUGUAUGCGCGAGGAAUCCUAUUCGGCAAGAUGAAGUAUGAGCUUGGCGACCACAGCUUUGUCCGGUGCCCCGAACUCGAUCUGACCGCCGACAUCGACUUCAAGACAAAAGGCUGGGUUGGAGGCACCUACAACGCCAUUGGCGGUGUCAUCAAGAGGGAAAGCACUGGCGAAGUACUGUACGAACUGUCCGGUCUGUGGAGCGAAGAGAUGUUCAUCAAGGAUAUGAGAACGGGUCACCGAGAAAUGUUCUUCGAUGCUCACAAGGCAAAGCCCAGCCCGCCGCUCUCACGGCCAAUCUCGGAGCAGGAAGAGCGGGAAUCCCAGCGACUGUGGGAAAAGACGGCCAAGGCCGUCAAGGAGCGCAACCACGAGCUGGCCACGGACGAAAAGACAAAGAUCGAAGACCGGCAGCGCGAGGAGGCUGCCCUCCGGGCCCAGGAGAAUAUCGAAUGGGUUCCGCGGCUGUUCCGGGCCGUCCGGAGCGGGCCUGGAGAGCCGGAGGAAGGCGAAGAGAGCUUGGAGUGGAUCAUCAAUGCGAACAUCGAUCCUCAAGCACCUCCCGAGAAGCAGACGGAGCAGAUUCUUGCUAUUUACCCCAUCGUGGCCGGCCAGACAUUGAACAAAGAGACUUCCAUUCCGCCACCAGCAUCCUCGUCGAAGGCGGCCAAGGAGCCCGUCGAGCCUGUGGCCGCAAAGCCUCCCAAAGAACAGGACAACCUGAUUGACUUUGGUGGAAACGAUGAAACCCCCACACCGGCCGCAAAGUCCCCAGACGAGAUCGAGCGCAUGCUCCACGCGACGGGCAAGCCGGCGGAAGGCCCCUUGAUUGACUUUGCCCAGGAUAUGAAGAAGGACUUGCCAGCUGAUGGUAAUGACCUACUGUAG